AUGGAGGCUAUGGCCAAACUCGCAGCGAUUGGCGCGCAGAUGGGCGCGACCAUCAAGCUCGACCUCACAUCAGACGUAACCCACCUCAUCGUCGGCAGCACCGACAGCGCCAAAUAUCGCUAUGUUGCCAAGUCUCGCGAGGACGUGAAGGUCCUCUCCCCGGAAUGGCUCGAAGCAUUGAGGGAGGUGUGGAUGACUGGCGAUGACGACCUGGACAUGGCCGCGCUGGAAAAGGAGUACCGCAUGCCGACGCUCGCUGGGCUGAGAAUAUGCCUUACCGGCUUCGACAACCCCGAUCAACGCAAGACCAUUCAGGAGUCAGUGGACGCCAACGGAGCCGAGUACCACGGCGACCUCACCAAGUCCGUCACCCACCUCAUCGCAGCGGCGCCAUCGGGCAAAAAGUACGAACACGCCCUGAACUGGAGGAUGAAGAUUGUGUCGCUGGAGUGGCUCGAACAAAGUCUGGAGAGGGGCAUGGUGCUGGACGAGGCCCUCUACAACCCCACCAUGCCUGUCGAAGAGCGCGGCCAAGGUGCUUGGGAUCGCAAAAUGCCCGCGUCGCCCGCCAUAGGCAAGCGCACACGAGAUGCAGAGCCAAGUCAGGCCCUGAAUCCUUUCCGCAGAAAGCUACGUCGCUCAGCAAGUACUAAGGUUGGCAGCCAAAGUGAUGCCUUUUGGGCGGGCAUCACAGCGCCCAGUUUCGAACGACCGAUUGAUGAGGAUGAAUGGACAGAGGAGAUUGUUACUAAGCCAGAUAGCACCCGGACAAGCACUCGCACCCAUACCCCAGCGUCCCCUCACAGACAUGCAUCCGUCCAUGAGAAUGAUUCGCUUAUCGAGGCGCACCUUGAUGACAAUGCAGACAGUCAUGAACCAUCAUUGCCACCACAUGCGAACGAUGUGUCCCAACAUGAUGGCAUCUUUGAAGGACGACUCGUAUGCACGCAUGGCUUUGAUGCAGAGAAGACAAGCAUUUUGCGCCAACACCUCGAGAGCAACGGCGCGCACGUAAUCCAUGCGACCGAUCUCAACAAUGCGCCAUCCGACGAUCUAAGACGAGGCUACUUGGUAAUACCACAUGACGUCGAGGUCGAUUCGGCGGCACUUCCGGGGCGUGCCGGAGAACACAUGAACCUGGCCACUAAUUGGUGGGUCGAGCGCUGCCUGUAUGGCAAACGUCUAGUAGAUCCAUCGGACGAUGUGUUAAGUCGACCAUUCGAAAAGCUUAGUAUCAGUGGGUUCUCUGGACUCACCAUCAACUCUACGGGCUUUUCCGGCAUCGAGUUACUGCAUGUGACCAAAGUUGUCACGCUUAUGGGUGCCUCGUACGAUGAACAGCUAUCGGCGAAGACCUCGGUUGUGAUCUGCAACCCUCCUACCAUAAACACACCGAAACUCAAAUUCGCCACGGACAAACGGAUACCCACUGUUCAUGCCACAUGGCUUUGGGAUUGUCUGCGUAGUGGUCGGCUACAGUCGUAUGCCGAGUAUCAAUUGAACAAACCAGCGCCGCCUCAGCCACAGAAGCCUAAACAGAGGCCUCAGCCACAAGAUGAUGUGCCCACUGCACUGUUGUCUACGGAAGAGAGCCUUGAGCUUCGUCAGAAAAAGCAACAGCCUACCAAUGCCGUGAAAACGUCUCUGCACCCACAGCAGCGUGGUAAUCUUGCUCUCACUGCACCAGCAGAUGCAACGCCUGCAUCAACUACAGAUGAGGCGGAUACUUCCAACAAUGAUACCAACGGCCUAAACUACGAUGACGAUGAGUCUGUCAUACCUGGAUUGGAUGGCGCAGGUUCCCACCCCCUCCAAGAAACCAGCGCCAACUCCCCGCGCCGCCCAUCAACGUCCCCGCAUGCCUCAAAAUCGUUCUCACGACCCAGGAGUUCAUCGGCCGAGUCUCUCAUAGCCCCGGCACCCCGCAAGUCCAAGGCUGGUCAGAUCCCAGAUCCGGUCGUUCCUGUUCCUGAACCCGACUCCGUGAUCCCGGCGGAUACCGAGCCGGUACCACAGGAAGUACCAAAAGAAAAGGAAACAAUAAAGGCAAAAGGACCGGAAGAAGAAAAGGAUUACUCUUCAAUCUUAGCUCAGAUGCGCGCAAACCGCAAGACCGUGCCAACGUCCGUCGAUCAGGCACCUGGCAAGACGCGGAAGAGGCGGCAGCUUGGUCGCGCAACGUCCACGCGGUCGAACGCGUCAGCGGGUGAUAGCUCCGGGAACAUUCUGGCUGGAGAAGAGGAAGAAGAGGAGAACACGGUGCUGGUGGAGGAAUACCAGCCUAGCCAGGAGCUAGGUUGGGAUUCUCCUGGUGCUGCGAAAGCGAGGGAGCAGAUGAUCAAGAAGCUAGGUGGGACUAUGCAGGAGAAGAGUGUGGCAGUUGAAGGAAUUGGCGUCGUGAAGGACGUUGGAGGGAAUACUACAGGAAGGGCGGGUAGGAAGAGGCGAGGGUGA